AUGGCUGCACCACACUACCGCAAAGUCGAGCUCCAGUCUCCAGCAGACUUCACCUAUUUAUACGCAAACACAGUCGCGCUCUCUCGACAAAAACUAGACCUCAACCUCCCCCCUUCCGCAACAAACGAUGACAAGCCCGACCCGAUGCGCGAGCGCGUGCGGGAAUUAGUUGACGAGUACAUAACCCGCACCUUCACAACGGCCUCCUCCUCAAUCAGCAUCAACGGAUUAGACUCCUCCUCCCCAGCCUUCCCCUUCCCCGCCGCCUUCACCGCGCCCGAAACAGUCGAGUACGAACCCUUCGACGCCGAGCUCGCCGCGCGCGUCAGCACGCUCUACGCCCAACUAGAAUCCCUCACGACGACCGUCGCGCAAUUACGCCGCGAGGCGCCACGGAAGGCGGCCAAGGCGUAUGCGGCGCAAUUAGCCGGGUUGAUUGAGGAGGAGAGCAAGGAGGACGAUGAACUUGAUGAGCAGGACGAGGAUAAGGACGAAGAUGGGAAUGAGAAUGCAGAGUCUCGAGAUAGGACGGCGCAGGAUGCAGAGGCUAUGGAUGUGGAUGUGAAUACGGGUGCUACCGGAUCCGAACCAGCAUCUACAAACGCGAAACGCCGCUCUCGCCGGGGCCAUCCCGAUCCAGCUUGGACACUUGAUAUUCCGCUCGGCACGGACGAAGAAGCCGAGCGCUGGCGGAGCGGGGAUAUUGCCGAGGUAUACGAGAGCACUCUACGCACUCUGCAGCGGUUGCAGGGUGAGGGCGACGCGGAGAUUGGAGGGGCGGCCGGUUCUGGUUCUGAGGGGAAUGCGCUGGCGACAACGGUGGGGAAGGCUGAGCGGGCUGGGCGGGCAGCUGAGGUGGUGGAGAGUAUGUGA